AUGGUAUAUUAUUGUGUACUACAAUGGAACACAGUCUGUUGGGCCUUUGUGUCUUUUUAAUUUUAUUUUUUGGACUGCAUUUCGUUCAUGGCGACUUGAGUUAUUCGGUUCAAGAGGAGAUGAAGCGUGGAUCUGUUAUUGGAAAUAUCGCCACGGAUCUGGGAUUUGAUGUCGGAAUAUUAUCUAUUCGUAAGGCUCGUAUUAAAACGGUGGGAAGCGAACAAAGGUAUUGUGAUGUCAAUCUUCGAAGCGGAGAGCUAAUUGUUUCAGAGAGAAUCGACAGAGAAGAACAAUGCGGAGAAAAGCCGUCGUGUGUUCUUAAAUUCGAACUGCUUUUGGAAUCUCCGUUGGAAUUACACCGUAUAUCACUACAGAUUAAAGACAUAAACGACAAUGCACCGCGUUUCCCGACGGAUAUUAUCAAGCUGGAAAUAAGAGAAUCUGCUGACAAAGGAGCUCGGUAUCGGGUUGAUGCGGCUCAUGAUGAAGAUAUAGGCCAAAACGGUGUUCAGAGUUACACUUUGCAACGGAAUAACCAUUUUCUUCUAAGUAUACAAACUAAAAGUGAUGGCAGUAAAUAUGGAGAAUUGAUUCUCGAUAAGGAGUUAGACAGAGAGGAGCAACUGGAUAUUAAAUUAUUGCUCACGGCUCUAGAUGAUGGUUCUCCUCAGAGAUCAGGCACAGUAGUAAUAAACGUCAUUGUGUUGGACGCUAAUGAUAACGCCCCCGUGUUUAGUCAGGCCGUGUAUGAGAACAGUCUGCCUGAAAACUCCCCGUUAAAAACUCACGUGAUUACCGUGAGCGCAACAGACGCGGACGAGGGCGUUAAUGGUGAAAUAGCAUAUGGAUUUAGUCGCAUAUCUGAGAAAUCAAGAAAAUUGUUUUCACUUGAUCGUCAAACUGGGGAGAUAUUUGUUGCAGGAGACGUAGACUCUGAGGAGGGUUCCAAAUAUGAAAUGUUUGUGCAGGCUAAAGAUAGUUACGGUCUCUCUUCAGAUACAAAGGUAAUAAUAAGUGUAACUGAUGUGAACGACAACUCACCAGUAAUAUCAUUAAUUUCGUUGACCAAUCCUGUACCUGAGAACCUGUCACCUGGUACAGAGGUGGGACUUAUUAACGUGCUGGAUAGAGACUCUGGAAAAAAUCAAAAAGUCCGUUGCACUAUUCAGCAAAACGUUCCUUUUAAACUGGUUACUUCAAUCGAAAAUUACUAUGCUUUAGUAACAACAGAGAAACUAGACAGGGAACUAGUGUCUGAAUACAACAUUACAAUAUCCGCCACCGAUGAGGGCUCUCCUCCUCUGUCGUCAGUCAAAGUGGUACACAUCUCAAUAGCUGACGUCAACGACAACCCACCUGUGUUUGAGGAACAGUCGUAUAGCAGCUAUGUCCCUGAGAAGAACAAACCGGGCCACAGCCUGUGUUCUGUUAAGGCCCAUGACCCAGACUGGAGACAAAACGGUACAGUGAUCUAUUCUCUUUUACCUGGUGAAGUCAACGGUGCUCCAGUCUCCUCUUAUUUAUCUGUUAAUGGAGACACCGGAGUGAUCCAAAGUGUCAGGUCGUUUGAUUAUGAACAAUUUCGGAGCUUUAAAGUCUAUGUAAUGGCACGAGACAACGGUUCUCCUCCGCUCAGCAGCAACGUGACUGUGAGUGUCUUCAUAACGGAUGUAAAUGACAACACUCCUCAGAUACUUUACCCCGCCCCAGAGGGAAACUCCUUCAUGACUGAACUGGUACCCAAAGCUGCACAAGGAGGUUCUCUGGUUUCCAAGGUGAUAGCAGUUGAUGGGGACUCUGGACAGAACGCCUGGCUGUCCUAUCAGAUCAUUAAGUCCACUGAUUCAGGACUCUUCAAAAUCGAUCUUCACAGUGGGGAGAUCAGGACCCAGCGAGACAUUUCUGAUUCAGACAACAUGAAACAGAACAUUGUAGUCGCUGUAAAGGAUAACGGAAAGCCCUCCCUCUCUGCUACAUGUUCCAUGUUUUUACUGAUUUCUGAUAACUUGGCUGAAGUUCCAGAACUGAAGGACAUGGCUUAUGAAGAUAGCAGUUCUAAAUUAACUUCUUAUCUGAUCAUCGCGCUGGUAUCCGUCUCCACCUUUUUCCUGACUUUCAUUAUUAUCAUUCUGGGAUUGAGGUUUUGUCGGAGGAGAAAGCCCAGACUGUUAUUUGAUGGAGCGGUUGCUAUUCCCAGCGCUUAUCUCCCUCCAAACUACGCAGAUGUGGACGGCACUGGAACUUUACGCAGCACGUAUAAUUAUGAUGCGUAUUUAACCACUGGAUCUAGAACAAGUGACUUUAAAUUUGUCACAUCUUACAAUGACAACACAAUGCCUGCAGACCAGACCCUGAGAAAAAAUCCAACAGACUUUGAAGAAGUGUUUGGAGACCUUGAUGUUUCCCCUGAGGUAGGCAUAAUCUAGAUUUAUUUCUUAAUAUGUACAGAAAU